AUGGGGACAAUUAUGUUUGAUUUGAUCAAAGAAGAUGAACUUGAAUCUGUGCUACAAAAUGGAAUUGAUUUGGACGUCCAUGGUUUUCCUAACUUGGACGUUGAUAUUCUCAAGGAGUUUGUUGAGACAUGUGGUGCUUUAAUGGCAUCACAAGAUGUUAGAACAAGUAAUAUUUCAUAUAUCUCUUCACCUGUAACUAAUGAAGUUCCUUUACCUUCUGUUGUACUCCAACAAGAACAAGAUUGGGGGAAUUUUCAAGUCGAAAAAGAAAUGAGAAUUAUUCAAGAAACUAGACUCAAAUAUGGUAGAUUCUUCUUUCGCUUUCCUGAGGGAGAAUCUGCUGCUGAUGUUUAUGAUCGUGUUGCAAAUUUUCUUGAGUCAUUGUGGAGAGGUAUACACAACAACAGACUACAACAGCAUGAAUCAGAUGACGAUGAGAUAAACUUAGUGAUAGUAACGCACAAAUGCGCAGCUAGAGUUUACUUGAUGAAAUGGUUUGGAUGCACAGUUGAGCAAUUUGAGUAUAUAAACAAUUUCGAAAACGGUGAAGUUGUGAUUAUGGAGUUAGGGUCAGGUGGUGAAUAUAGUUUAGCAGUUCAUCAUACUGACGAAGAAUUUGAAAGAUGGGGUUUAUCUCCAGAAAUGGUAUCUGAUCAGAAAUGGAGACUUACUGCAAAGAAAGGUGAAUGGAACGAGAAAUGUUCUUGGCAUCUUGAUGGUUUCUUCGAUCAUCUUCAACACUCUUCAGAUGAAAAUGAUGAUGGUGAUGAAAUUGAAAAGACAGAUUGA